AUUUGAGUUGCCAACUCCCCACCCACCUUCAACCUCUCAACCUCUCAACCCCUCACCGCCAUCACAAUGUCUAGCAGAAGGCACCUUGUCUCUCGAGCUCGCAUGAACAACGAGGCAUCCGCAUCUCCAGCACCGUCUCGCACUGCACCUCAACAGAAUGUCGAACUCCCUCCAUAUCAACACCCCGAAUGCCGAAUGACAGAGGCCCAGCAGCAGGCUUUAGCUCAGCUCAAAGCCGACCACAAAUACAAGAAAUACAAGACGACUCUCAAAGCCGCCAUGAGCUCUCUCACAAACGCUGCAGUCUCGAGCAAUGACCGUCUCCACGAGAGUAAAACGAACUUAGAAACAGUCGCGAACAAAAGAGAUAAAGGGAAUGGAGUGGUCGAUGAUCCCAAAGAAGCAGAGCUCGAACAACAGAGGUAUCAUCAAGUUCUUGAGAAAAAGGUUCGGGAAAUCACCAAGGAUGCGGAAAAUGCUUUGAGGGAGUUGGUCGACUUUGAUGAUGAGCAGAAAAUGCACUCUACACAUCUGACUGAAGUGAUCGAUACUCUAAAAGCAGCCCCGCCCCUAAGAAACCAUGACGAGAUGGAGGACGAUGAAGACGACCUUGGAAUCCCCAGCGCUACUGAUUUAUUGAAGAAGACAAAGGCAGAUUAUGCGACUCGAUAUCACUCCAAAUCAAAAGUGGAGAGGUACGACUUCUUGCACCUCUCGAAUGCUUGCAAACUCAACUAACAAAUUCCCAGAUAUGGAGAUAAUGAAGUAUAUAGUGUUUUCAAGAGAGUCCUCCAUGAUGCCAUGUACCACAACAGUGGACCUCCACUAGCCAAACCGCGGGACUGGUUCCCAGAAGAAAAUGCCAAGUCUGGCUCACGUCGUGAUCGCGACGCCAAUAGCGCAGACUCGGACGACGUGAUUAUUGAGAGGGCGGAAGACUCUCUCAAGUGUCCAUUAUCAAUGCAAUACUAUGAAGAUGCAACCCUUGGUCCAUGCGGGCAUCAUUACGAUAGGAAGUCUUUCAUAUCUUGGUUCGACACUGCUCAUACUCAUUCACGACAAGUGGCCAGAGGAAGAGAGGUCAAAUGUCCUGAGACAGGUUGCAAUAGGGUACGCGCUAUACAAUUCCUUGAAUACAAACUUCUACUGACAUUAUAUAGUAUCUACGACCGGAAGAUCUCAUAGACGAUCCAGUCAUGAUGCGAAAAGUUGCACGUGCUAAGAAGAGAGAUGCUCGGGCUGCCGAAGAAGACGGGUAUGAGGAAGAUGAUGAUCCGCGCGGAGGUCAAAGGCGUCGCCCUCAGCAAUUAAGUGAUGAUGAUGACGACGAUCAAGAGUCCGCGUCAUCACAAGUCAAGAAGGUCAAAAGUGAGAGAAUGAGUCGUGGACCAAGUAGUGCACCAAAUCGUAGACGAUACAUUCCAGAAGAUGAAGAUGUCGAGAUGGAAGAUUGAUUAUCACAAUAUUAUUAUAGCAUUACGACUAGUUGGGAAGUACUUCUUGUCAUUGUGUUGUGCCUGCGGCUCCAUUGGAGCAUGUGCAAGGGAUAAUGGUA